GUUCGAAACAGUUUAGAUCGGUGUUAGACCUUUUAUUUCAUUGAAUCUUAUAGCAGUUUUAAACACUUCGUUUAGAAAGACAUAAGUCAUGAUGAAACCACUGGUCUUGGUUUGUCUCCUUAUUGUUCAUAUGGAGCCUUGCAUGUCAGACUUAUACAUGCACUUCCCGCCAGGAUCCAACAAUCGCUUGAAUGGCGCUAAUGCAGGUGUUACAAACAACGCCAGACUCUUUGAUUCACAGAACAAUGACAACUGCGGAUACAAUGUGGGUGACAAAUAUGAUGAUAACCCCGGAGACACUAUCGUUGAAAGCAGACAAGAACCAAUGGAAUUUUACAUGAGUGGGUGCUCCUCAAAUGCGGAAACUGAAGUGGACAUUAUGUGGACAAAUCAACAUGGAACAGGACCAAAAACUGACGACUGGGUGGAAACACAGGUUAUCUUACAGUUUAUGUGCCAGCCGUUCCCGGGAGGCAAGAUGCCCACUGGUGAUGCGGGUACCGACUACCAAUAUCACACCAUUCGCAACGGUGAAACAAGUGGGUCUCAAACAUUUUCUGACCACACUCAAGAGUCAAGUUAUAUUUCAAAACAACUGGGACUUCAUGAGCCUUACAAUUACUAUCAGGCUUAUUAUCGCAGACAUAGAAAUAAAGGCUUGUUUACCGCUGACCAACAGCUUGCUGGCGAUUUAUCAAUUUACACACGGCAGAAUGCGGCAGGCACCAUAAGGGGCCUGGAAGUCCCUGAAGAACGCGAUUACUAUCCAUACUGGGGACCCACACCAUGGAAGGACAUCGCUAUCCUUGUCAGCGAUAAAACGACUGAGGAACAGAUGAAGAAAUAUGUUAAUAGCCCUUACUAUGGGCUAAAAUACAUGUGCAUCAUGCCAAAAGGGCUAAAAGAUCACACUGACUGCCCCCCAGACAACCAAGGUGUUACUGCUAAAAAAUGUGCUGCCAAAUACAUCACCAAGGACAAGUGUAAAGCGGCUGGAGGGAAUUGGACAAGAUUCAUCACGAAUUACUUGGAGAAGACUGCUGGAGUUUUGAGCACUUGUCACGGUUUCGAUGACAUGAAGCUGGCAAAAGGCCUGCCAUACGAAGCGCACAAGAUCUCACAAGGAUGUGAUAACAAGAAACAGUAUGUUCUUCUCCACAGACCUCCUGAUGUGAUAUAUGCUCCAUCGACUGUCGUCAACCACAACGGAAUUAACAUGGAAGGCAAGUUUUCUUCUUACAAAUGGAAGGUCCCUUGCUUUCCAUCUAACACAACACAACGUUGUGUUAUACGGAUAAGAUACAACAUCACAACUUCUGAUGCACCAAGGGAUUUCGAUGCUAAUGAUAAUCACCGAUUGGCCAAUAACCCGACGACAAAAGCCAUUGAUAAUAAAACCGACCUCCAGCUAGCUUUGAACACCGCACAGGUCGGCAGAACCUUUCAAGACAGAAGUCAUGUGAUCAUUCUUAAACCUCGAAACCUUUUGCAACCGGAACACCGGCAUCGCAAAAUUCGAUACAUCGGGGGGAUUGGAAAGAGAGGAAAUAUUGUUCAGACCUAUCCUGCCAUGGAAUAUCGUUUUUUUCCUGAACGCAUUACAGUCACAACAGAGGAAAUCGUGUGUUUUGUGUGGUCGGGUUCAAAUAACAAUCCUCAUGACUAUGCUGGACAAGGAACAGCAGGUACGGAUCGCACAAACGUGUGUUGGAUUAAGGAAGGGUGCAGAACUUUGGCGCCGAAAUCCUGUGCCAGUCUCCCUCUUGAAGUAGUUGACUACGUUGACGAAUUUGACGGCUACUUGUUAAACCUUCACCUCAAUUGGGGAUGUUUAGCCCGUAACAAAGCACUGGAUGACGAACUUAACAAUGCCCCACCCUCCUGCAACCCGCCAUGUUUCCGCAUCAAGAAGCCUGGGGAGUACUGUUACAUGGGCACGCGCAAUAACAAUUUCUCCAAUCGACGUCACAUUGGUCAGAUCACUGUGACAAGUGUUUGAACAUUGCAUGCUACAACUGAGUUCAGGAUCACUACUUGUUAAUCGCGUUGGUUUUCAAAUACUGGGCUUUUCAUGAUAACAUAGAAUGAGGAACAAUGGGGCAUUUAUGUUUAGUUUGCUAGGAACGAUUGUUUUUUUUUUUUGUUUUGUUUUUUUUCGUUUUAAUUUUAUUAAAGGUGUUGGUGUUUGCAAUACAUGUUGAGACUGUUAAAAAUAAAAGGAGAAAGUAUGGGUUA